AUGAGCGCGGCCGUUGCAGCGGCCAUGGUCGCAUCGGCAUCAAACUCUUCAAGUUUGUCUCCAUCAGCAUCGAAGCAGCACUACUCAGCCAGCAACGAAUGGUCUGAUGCUCGGAUUGCAGCCUUUGUGAUUGUUCUCUUCUUCCUCGUCUGCAGCUCGUUGAGCUGGAUGAGAUUGGGCCAUCCAGUUGCCAUGAUCCUCCAAGAGAUCAUGAGGCAGAGAGAAGCCGAGGCGGUUCAGGUCGAGCAGACCGAGGCCUUCAAGUGGGACCAUGACCACCCGCUCACGAAGCUAGCGGAGCUCAGUAUCUCCGACGGCAGCUCAGACAUGACACGGGUUGAGACCUCGGCGCCGCAAACUGUCGAAGCUGGAGUGAAGAUCGAACCCAUUCCAGAGUUUUCCGCGCUCACAGCUUCCAGUAGCAGCGGAGCAGACAGCGCCGAGGGUCGGACGUCAAGACUUUGCAGUAUACAGAAGGAAGUUCAAGAGAUGGAUGCGACUCUUGCGGACAUACAGAACAUAAAAUCUGCGAUUCAAGACACGGCUGUCAAGCUCAACAUCAUAGAAUCAAAACUUCAAAGUCUUCAGGACGAUCAAGGUGAGAAAGUUGAGGGCGAGGGUGCCGAGGAGGGCUGA